CGGAAGCGGUAGAACCUGAUGCAUAAUCCUGAUUAGUCGAGUCCUUGUAGUUUAUCAUACAUUAAUUUAGGUAAUGUUGUUUUUGCUUGUACGUCUUUGAAUCAGCAUUUAUCCUAAUUGUUGUUGGAACAUAUUGCUCGUCACCACUUUACAUUUCUUUUUCACAUUUCACUUUUGUUUUCCUCUGCAUCCUGUCUUCCAUUCAUUUUCUCCUUUCCCCCAUUUAUUCACAUCUGUCCUCAACUUUCUUCUUCUCUCACUAACUCACUGCAUGCUGUCUUAGGACUCCUCCUUACCUAUCUCAGAGGCUGCAUGGAGCUUGAAAACCCGUGCUCUUACAGAGAUGGUAUACAUAGAUGAAGUUGAGGUCGACCAGGAGGGGAUUGCUGAGAUGAUGCUGGAUGAGAGCUCUAUUGCUCAAGUUGCACGACCCGGAACAUCACUGAGGCUCCCUGGAACGAGUCAGGGUGGAGGUCCCACACCGGCUGUCAGGCCCAUGACGCAAUCAGGGCGUCCUAUCACAGGAUUUGUGAGACCCAGCACACAGUCAGGGCGCCCUGGAACCAUGGAGCAGGCCAUCAAGACCCCCCGCACUGCAAGCACUGCUCGUCCUGUCACUAGCGCUUCUGGCAGAUUCAUCCGCCUGGGAACAGCUUCUAUGUUAACCAAUCCAGAUGGACCAUUUAUAAACUUGUCGAGACUAAAUCUGGCCAAGUAUUCCCAAAAGCCCAGUUUAUCCAGGACACUGUUUGAGUUCAUCUUCCAUCAUGAAAAUGAUGUGAAAAAUGCUUUAGAUUUGGCUGCUCAAGCUACUGAACAUGCUCAGUUCAAAGACUGGUGGUGGAAAGUUCAGCUGGGGAAAUGUUACUACAGGCUUGGUUUAUAUCGAGAAGCAGAAAAACAGUUCAGAUCAGCUCUCAACCACCAAGAGGUGGUGGAUACAUAUCUCUACCUUGCGAAGGUGUAUCAGCGCAUGGAUCAACCAAUAACAGCACUCAACCUUUUCAAGCAAGGCCUGGACCACUUUCCUGGUGAGGUUACCCUUCUAACAGGAAUCGCUCGCAUACAUGAGGAGAUGAACAACAUUUCAUCAGCCACCGAGUACUACAAAGAUGUCCUGAAGCAGGACAACACUCACGUGGAGGCUAUAGCCUGUAUAGGCAGCAAUCACUUCUACACUGAUCAGCCUGAGAUCGCCCUGCGCUUCUACAGACGGCUACUCCAGAUGGGGGUGUAUAACUGCCAGCUGUACAACAACCUGGGCCUGUGCUGCUUCUACGCUCAGCAGUACGACAUGACUCUGUCCUCAUUUGAGAGGGCUCAGUCCCUGGUGGCCAACGAUGAAGAGCAGGCUGAUGUCUGGUACAACAUAGGACACGUGGCUGUGGGCAUAGGGGACUUGACUCUGGCCUACCAGUGUUUUAAACUGGCUUUGGCUUUUAAUAAUGACCAUGCUGAGGCCUACAACAACCUGGCUGUGCUGGAGCUGCGCAAAGGUCGUAUUGAACAGUCUAAAGCCUUCCUGCAGACUGCUGCAUCACUGGCCCCUCACAUGUAUGAGCCACACUUCAACCUCUCCAUUCUCUCUGAAAAGAUUGGAGACCUUCAGAGCAGCUACACUGCGGCCCAAAAGUCUGAGGACUCCUUUCCCGAGCAUGUCGACACUCAGCAGCUUCUUAAGCAACUUCGGCAGCACUUUGCGGUGCUGUGAGCGUCCGACCAGCAUGCUUAGGAAGCAAGGUGUGGUUUGAAUAAUGUAGUUGACAGAGAUCAGAGACACUGCAGUGCAGGCUUCAAAACACAAAGUUAUCAAAAUGUUAAAAUGUUGGCAGAUUAGUCAGACAUGGAAAUCAACAAAUGGUAUUACUUUUGGU